CGCUGUCCACGCACGCAGCUCGGCGGUCGAUCUUCACCGCGCGUCAUGCCCCGGCUCGCCCUGCCCCAGCAAAAUGGAUCCUCUCCGCGUUGCCCUCCUUUGCCUGUGCUGCCUGCGCUGCGCCGUCACCGCCACCGCCGCCCAGGCCUCCGUCCUCUCGUCGGCCCUGCGCUACUCGGUCCGCGAAGAGGAGCCGCCGGGGACGCUCGUGGGGAACCUGGCCCGCGACCUGGGCCUCACCGCCGCGCAACUGCACACCCGUGGAUUCCGAGUGCUGCAGGGCACCAACGCCUCCGACUACCUCGUCGUGAGCGCCGACAGCGGCGAGGUGCGGGUGCGCGGGCGCCUCGACCGCGAGGCCGUGUGCCAUCGGGCGACCGGCGACUCGGGCUGCGCCCUACUGCUCGGGGCCGUCCUGGACCGGCCCACGGAGCUGGCGCGCGUCCGCGUCGACGUGCUGGACGUCAACGACCACGCGCCGCGCUUCCCGGCCGAGAGCGCCCUCCUCGAGAUCACCGAGAGCGCCGCGGCCGGCACGCGGUUCACGCUGGAUGGCGCCCACGAUCCGGACGCGGGUGCCAAUGCGCUGCGGCGCUACGCGAUGGAGCCCGACGACGGCGCCUUCGCCCUCGACGUGCACCCGGCGGGCGGCGGCGGCGCCUUCGCCCCCGUGCUGGUGGUGCGCCGCACACUGGACCGCGAGCGCCAGGCCGUGCACACGUACGUACUCACCGCGCUCGACGGGGGCCACCCGCCGCUGACCGGCACCACCCUGCUGACCGUGCGCGUCCUCGACUCCAACGACAACGCGCCCGCGUUCGACCGGCCCGUGUACCGGGCGCGCGUGCCCGAGAACGCGCCCGUGGGCACGCCCGUCGUGCAGCUCAAUGCGUCGGACCCUGACGAGGGCGCCAACGGGGAGGUGGUGUACACGCUGUGGGCGCACGAGGCACCGCGCGUGAGCGACCUCUUCGCGGUGGACUCGCGCUCGGGCCGCGUCACGCUCGAGGGCGCCCUCGACUACGAGGAGGCCAACGUCUACGAGAUCUACGUGCAGGCGCGCGACCGGGGGCCCAACUCCAUCCCCGCAUACAGCGAGGUGCUCGUGCGCAUCCUCGACGUGAACGACAACGCGCCCGACGUGCAGGUGCUCGUCCUCGGCCAGGGCGGCGGCAGCGUCACGGACGACGCGGCCGUCGUCGGCGUGUCCGAGGGGGUGCCGCCCGGUGCCUUCGUGGCCUUCGUCCGCGUGAAGGACCGCGACUCUGGCCCCAACGGGCGCGUGAGUUGCACGCUCGAGAGCGCGUCGGCCGUGGGGUCCGGCGCGACGCUGCCCUUCGCCCUGCACGCCUCGGACGGGGGCGAGGUCUACGCGCUGGUGACGGCGACGCAGCUGGACCGCGAGGCGGCCGCCGAGUACAACCUGACGGCGGUGGCGCGGGACAACGGCGUGCCGCCGCUCGUGUCGGUCAAGACGUUCGCGGUGCGCGUCACGGACGAGAACGACAACGCGCCGCACUUCUCCCGCUCCGCCUACGAGCUGCACGUGCCCGAGAACAACAUCCCCGGCGCCUACGUGGGCUCGGUGAGCGCCAGCGACUCGGACGCGCAGCAGAACGCGCAGGUCGACUAUUCCAUCGUGGACUCGCAGAUCGACGGCAUGUUGGUGUUCGCCUACGUGUCCAUCGAACCGGCGAGCGGCGCCCUCUACGCCCUCCGUGCCUUCGACCACGAGCGCACGCGCCGGCUAGAGUUCCGCGUGCAGGCGCGGGACAACGGCGCGCCGCCUCUGCGCGGCGAGGCGGCCGUGGCGCUCGUCAUCGGCGACGUGAACGACAACGCGCCGGUGGUCAUCGCGCCGCCGCUCGACGCCAACGGCACGGCCGACGUGUACGUGGCGCCGGGCGCCCGCGCCGGCACGCUCGUCACGCAGGUGCGCGCGUCCGACGACGACGGAAACGAAAACGCCCGACUGAGCUACGCCAUCGUACGUGGCAACGACUGUGGCCUCUUCCGGAUCGACGCCUCCGAUGGGGUCGUGCGCACGGCGCGGGCGUUGCCCCACGAGCACGCGCGGCACGAGCUUGCCAUCGCCGUGCGCGACGGGGGCGAGCCGGCCAUCACCGCCACGGCCACGGUGCGCGUGCUCGUCACAGACGCGCACCCCGAGGGCCGGCUCCUGGGCAGCUCCGGCGACGAUGUCGGUGGCAGCAGCGGCACCGGCGGGGGCGGCGCCUUCAAGACAUCGUUCAUCGUGAUCGUGGCGCUGGGCGCAGUGUCGUGCGUCCUGAAUGUGGCCAUGGCGAUGAUCGUGCUGCACUGCAAGCGGGAGAACAAGGAGUUGCGCAUCUACAACUGCCGCGCGGCCGACGAGUCCAGCGCGCGGCCAAGCCCGCGCAAGAACGACGUGAUGCUGGUGCGUGACGAGCUCGAGGCGGCCGCCUGCAGCAAGGCGGGCUCCGAUAGCGAUCCGGCAUCCGUCAUCGCGCUCGACACCUACGAGUACCGGUCGUUCCUGCCCUCGGAGGCGGCGGACGCGCGUGCCGGUCUGACCUGCUGCUCGGCGGCUUCGCGCAGCCUGCCGCACAGGGAGCGUGACCCACCGAUUGAUGUGCAGUUAAAACCGCUGGAGAAGUGUACUAGGAUAUCGGACCCUAGCACAUGGAGCACCCCAUCUGCUGCAUUAGACUCUCUGAAUCAAAUUUACAGUAGCCUUGAUCAUAAGCAGUUCUGGUCCAAGCGCCUAAAGGGGCCGACGUCACCGGUCAGACCGGCCCGGGGGGAACGGGGAAAUCCGGAGCCACCAUCGCCCGACCUCCUACCACAUGAGGGUUCUUCGGCUCAGGAGGUGCUGGGCUCGUCGAGCCUUCUUCUGGCUGCUUCCGUAGCCGUCGGUGGACCCGCACCCUCCUCGCUUGACGGGCCGGCAUCAAGGACUCAGGCAAAGACGGGAGCCGACGAAGACGUGGCGGAGAAGCAGGCCCCUACGGAGCAGGGUCCCGUCGCAGAGAGGGAGAGGGCAUGUGCCAACUCAGGGGAUUAA